AUGCCUUAUAAUAAUUAUCAAUUAAACGAUUUACAAAGAAAAGCUUUAACCGAUCUAUUCGCACAUCUUCAACACUUUAACCAAGAAUUUUCAAAGUGUAAUUUUCUUAAAAAUGAAGAUUCCCUCUACUUGCGAAAUAUAAAAACAACUGCCAUUAAUCUUAGCUUUUAUUAUGUACAUCAAAAAAAUGUUGUAAUUGGUGAUGAAAUUUUUAGAAAAGCUGUUAAAGACCAUAAAGAUUGGUAUGAAGUGAAUAAGCAAUGGAUCAUAUUUUUUGUAUAUUUGGCAAAGAGUUCGGUUGAAAAAUAUUCAUCACAUGCUUGUGUGCCUUCAGUAGAAGAGACUAAAAAAGGCGACGAUUGGAAAAAAAAUGCGUUUUCUGAUAGCGUGGGAAAGGGUCAAUCUUUUACUUCUAAAAAGUCAAAAAAAAUUCUGCAAAAAGUUUCUGACGAUCAAUUUAUUAAACCACCAAAGAAGUUAGAUAUUGAUAAAAAAUUUGUGCCCAUUCAAAAGAAGAAAUUUAUGAAAAAGUGUUCGGGAAAUUUGUAA